CAAAACCCGACCCGGGGAGUCUUUCCCCAAAUAUAUAAUAAACCCUUGAGGGAGCACCAGUGAGGGCUCUUGUUGAAUUGAACUCUCUGCCUCUCGCGCUCUCAACUCUCAAGAAGAAGCAGAAGAACCCUAAAGGUGAAAGGAAUUCAAGAGUAAAUAGUGAAAAUGAGCGGAGCAGGAGCAGAGAGAGGAUCUGGAACCACAAAAACUCCUGCAGAUUUUCUUAAAUCAAUUCGGGGGCGACCGGUUGUUGUUAAACUGAAUUCUGGUGUUGACUAUCGAGGUAUUCUGGCUUGUCUUGAUGGGUAUAUGAAUAUAGCCAUGGAGCAAACAGAGGAAUAUGUCAAUGGACAGCUGAAAAAUAAGUAUGGCGAUGCUUUUAUUCGUGGAAAUAAUGUUCUCUACAUCAGCACAACAAAGAUGACAAUAGCAGAUGGGGCAUAGUGUUGUGAUUUUAUGAAGCCAGGAAGAUGUGACAAUAGCAGUUCUCUACUAUUACGCUUUUUGCAAUUAUGUUAGUAUGUAAGCUUAGGUGGGAUUCAAAUGAGAAUGUACCUAGAACUUCUCUACUCGAUACUUUGUUCAAGACUUCAAUAUGUGUUGUGGAAUCGAUGAAAGAAAAUAUUUGAUGACUGAUGCUUAA